GGCGCUCUUUGGGCCACCUAAAAAAACGUCUUUUGCAAUGCAGAAGGACCCAAACGUCUGCUCUGUGUAGCUUCCUGUUCGUUUUCUUUGAAUGGAUCGAACUCUAAAUCCGUCUGAAAUCACAGUCAUCUCAAUAAACGCACCGCUCUGAGUCGGGCUGAGCACUCAGUUUGCUGCCCAGAACCACCCGGAACCAGAACCAUGUUUCUCUACAACAUCACCCUACAGCGGGCCACUGGCAUCAGCCAUGCCAUCCAUGGAAACUUCUCAGGAACCAAGAUGCAGGAGAUUGCUGUUUCCAGGGGAAAGAUCCUAGAGUUGCUGCGUCCAGAUGCCAACACGGGCAAGGUGCACACUCUUCUCACGAUGGAAGUGUUCGGCAUCAUCAGGUCCCUGAUGGCGUUCAGACUCACGGGAGGAACCAAAGAUUACAUCGUUGUGGGAAGUGACAGUGGUCGGAUCGUCAUUUUGGAGUAUCAUCCGUCUAAAAACCAGUUUGAGAAGAUCCACCAGGAAACGUUUGGGAAGAGCGGCUGCCGGCGCAUCGUUCCCGGGCAGUUCCUGGCUGUCGACCCUAAAGGCCGAGCCGUUAUGAUCGGAGCGAUAGAGAAGCAGAAGCUGGUUUAUAUUCUGAACAGAGAUGCUGCUGCCAGGCUGACCAUCUCCUCUCCUCUGGAAGCUCACAAAGCAAACACGCUCGUCUAUCACGUGGUGGGAGUCGAUGUCGGCUUUGAAAAUCCAAUGUUUGCCUGCUUGGAAAUGGAUUACGAGGAAGCGGACAACGACCCAACAGGAGAAGCUGCUGCAAACACACAACAAACUCUCACCUUUUACGAGCUGGAUCUGGGCCUGAACCACGUGGUCCGAAAGUACAGCGAAGCUUUGGAGGAACAUGGAAAUUUCCUCAUCACUGUUCCUGGUGGUUCUGAUGGGCCCAGUGGAGUUCUGAUCUGCUCUGAAAACUACAUCACCUACAAGAACUUUGGAGACCAGCCUGACAUUCGCUGUCCUAUCCCCCGCCGCAGGAAUGACCUGGAUGACCCAGAGCGGGGCAUGAUCUUCGUCUGCUCUGCCACCCACAAAACCAAGUCCAUGUUCUUCUUCCUGGCUCAGACGGAGCAGGGGGACAUCUUUAAGGUCACUCUGGAGACUGAUGAAGAAAUGGUGACAGAAAUCCGGCUGAAAUACUUCGACACCAUCCCUGUGGCAGCAGCCAUGUGUGUCCUGAAGACCGGCUUCCUGUUUGUGGCCUCAGAGUUUGGAAAUCAUUACCUUUACCAAAUUGCUCAUUUGGGUGAUGAUGACGAGGAGCCGGAGUUCUCCUCUGCCAUGCCGCUGGAGGAGGGCGACACCUUCUUCUUUCAGCCUCGGCCCUUGAAGAACUUGGUUCUGGUGGACGAACAAGAGAACUUGUCACCAAUCAUGUCCUGCCAGAUCGCUGACUUGGCCAACGAAGACACACCUCAGCUGUACGUAGCCUGUGGACGAGGAUCGAGGUCCACUCUGAGGGUCCUUCGACACGGACUGGAGGUGUCGGAGAUGGCCGUCUCCGAGCUGCCCGGUAACCCCAACGCUGUCUGGACCGUACGGAGACACAUCGAAGAUGAGUUUGACGCCUACAUCAUCGUGUCUUUCGUCAACGCCACCCUGGUUCUGUCCAUCGGAGAGACCGUAGAGGAAGUGACAGACUCCGGAUUCCUGGGAACCACGCCCACCCUCUCCUGCUCUCUGCUGGGUGAAGACGCUCUCGUUCAGGUUUAUCCAGACGGUAUCCGGCACAUCCGAGCAGACAAGCGUGUGAACGAGUGGAAAACUCCCGGAAAGAAAACGAUCGUCCGCUGCGCCGUGAACCAGCGGCAGGUGGUCAUCGCCCUGACAGGAGGAGAGCUGGUCUACUUUGAGAUGGACCCGUCGGGACAGCUGAACGAGUACACGGAGAGAAAGGAGAUGUCUGCAGACGUGGUCUGUAUGAGUCUGGCCAACGUCCCGCCUGGCGAGCAGCGCUCUCGCUUCCUGGCUGUCGGUCUGGUGGACAACACAGUCCGGAUCAUCUCCCUGGACCCUCUGGACUGCCUGCAGCCUCUGAGCAUGCAGGCUCUCCCUGCGCAGCCUGAGAGUCUGUGCAUCGUAGAGAUGGGAGGGGUGGAGAAACAGGAUGAACUCGGAGACAAAGGCACCAUCGGCUUCCUCUACCUCAACAUCGGCCUGCAGAACGGUGUGCUGCUGAGGACUGUCCUGGACCCUGUGACCGGUGACCUGUCUGACACCAGAACCCGCUACCUGGGCUCCAGACCGGUCAAACUCUUCAGAGUUCGGAUGCAGGGACAGGAAGCCGUGCUGGCCAUGUCCAGCCGAUCGUGGCUCAGCUACUCGUAUCAGUCCCGCUUCCAUCUGACCCCGCUCUCCUACGAGACUCUGGAGUACGCCUCAGGAUUCGCCUCGGAGCAGUGCCCCGAAGGCAUCGUGGCCAUCUCCACCAACACUCUGAGGAUUUUGGCUUUGGAGAAGCUGGGAGCCGUCUUCAACCAGGUGGCCUUCCCUCUGCAGUACACUCCCAGGAGGUUUGUGAUCCACCCAGAGACCAACAACCUCGUCUUGAUCGAGACCGACCACAACUCCUACACCGAGACCACCAAGGCUCAGAGGAAGCAGCAGAUGGCCGAGGAGAUGGUGGAGGCUGCUGGCGAGGACGAGCGGGAGCUGGCUGCAGAGAUGGCCGCGGCGUUCCUCAAUGAGAAUCUCCCCGAGGCCAUUUUUGGUUCGCCCAAAGCCGGAGCGGGUCAGUGGGCCUCGCUGGUGCGACUGGUCAACCCCAUCCAGGGCUCGACUCUGGACCAGGUGCAGCUGGAGCAGAACGAAGCUGCGUUCAGCGUUACCGUGUGUCGUUUCGCCAACACGGGAGAUGAUUGGUACGUCCUGGUUGGAGUUGCCCGAGACAUGAUUCUGAACCCGAGGUCGGUGGGCGGGGGCUUCAUCUACACGUAUCGUCUCAACGCUGAAGGAGAGAAGCUGGAGUUUGUUCAUAAGACCCCCGUGGAGGACGUCCCACUGGCCAUCGCCCCGUUCCAGGGACGCAUCCUGGUCGGAGUCGGGAAGCUGCUGAGGAUCUACGACCUCGGCAAAAAGAAGCUGCUGCGUAAAUGUGAAAACAAGCACAUUCCCAACCUGGUGACGGGGAUCUACACCAUCGGUCAGCGGGUCAUCAUCUCCGACGUCCAGGAGAGUCUCUUCUGGGUUCGGUACCGCCGGAACGAGAACCAGCUCAUCAUCUUCGCGGACGAUACGUACCCCCGCUGGGUGACGACGGCCUGCCUGCUCGACUACGACACCAUGGCUUCUGCUGACAAGUUCGGCAACAUCAGCAUCGUGCGUCUUCCUCCCAACACCAGUGAUGAUGUGGAUGAAGACCCCACAGGGAACAAAGCCUUGUGGGACAGAGGUCUUCUCAACGGAGCCUCACAGAAGGCUGAAGUUAUCAUGAACUACCAUGUAGGGGAGACGGUCUUGUCUCUCCAGAAGACCACUCUGAUCCCCGGGGGCUCCGAGUCUCUGGUCUACACCACCCUGUCCGGGGGAAUUGGGAUCCUGGUCCCCUUCACGUCCCACGAGGAUCAUGACUUCUUCCAACAUCUGGAGAUGCACAUGCGCUCAGAGUUCCCUCCGCUGUGUGGCCGAGAUCAUCUCAGCUUCAGGUCCUACUACUUCCCAGUGAAGAACGUGAUCGACGGAGACCUCUGUGAGCAGUUCAACAGCAUGGAUCCACACAAACAGAAAAGUGUGGCGGAGGAACUGGACCGGACCCCACCAGAAGUCUCCAAGAAGCUGGAGGACAUUCGCACUCGCUACGCCUUCUAGUCCCCACGGAGACUGUCCUCUGAGGAGACAUGCGUCCUCUUCAGGCGUUGAAAGGAACUGAUUAGAAACGGGUCACCAGAAAACAGAAGAAGUACCGAGCUCCUCCUCACACACACACGUCCUCAGACCUUCCCUCAGAAUUUAUCGUCAGGUUUGACACCUCGCAGGCCGUCUGUCAGCACAAACCCCACGAGCAGCAGCUCGAACUCUAUUAGAACCCGGCGGCGCCGACCCGUAAAGCUGCUGCUCAUCGGAUCUUCACACAUCCAGCUGUGCAAACAGCUGUGGACAGAACUCCCACUUUUCUGUUCAUCUGUCGUGUCCGAGCAGCCCGGUCCUCCCGUCUGGACCCCUGUGCAGGUUCAGUCCGGCAGGAGGUGAAGGCGGGCCAAGCAGAACCGGGUCCAGUUUUUGUUUGUUGUGAUUGUUUUGUACGAAUCGGACUCAGGCCGACGCCCCCUCCACCUGUCGCUCUGAGCAAACAGAAGCUCGUUAAACGGCGGGAAAGUCAGACUAAAUAAAUGUCUGGAAAGGUCCAGAAGGUCCGCUGUAAAAGUCCCGACUCGACCACAGACGGCAUUCCUCAGA